AUGUCGUCCUGUCCAGUCUGUGAUCAGACAGUCAACCCAGACCAGGCCGCCUUGGAACACCACGUCAACUCGCACUUCGACAACCCCUCAGGAGAGUCCUCAACCUCGGCACCACGUCCAGACGCUUGUCCAAUAUGCGACUUUCCCCUCUCCUUCCUCACUUCCAUCGAAUCAGAGUCACAUAUCAACACCUGCCUCGGAGAUGCCGGAGCACUGCCCCCUCAAGACGAGGACGAUAUCGACUUUGACUAUUCGGCUGGACUCGUGGCGCAACAGAAGAGGGACGAGGAGAUAGUGGAUCCAGAGUGGGACGGGCCUGCCAAACCGGGUAAAUGGAUGGACUGGGCGGGGAGGAAUGCUGAUAAGGGUGACCGAUGGUGGAAUCCCAACGUCCCCAGUGAUCCUUCCUCCAUCCCCCCAAAUUACUCCCCCAACCUCAUCCCCUUGCUAGCCUCAACCCUACGAACAGCAGUACACCAAAAGACGACCCGCCGUGCCGUACUCGCUCGACCUUCGACGGCACAUAUCAAAGGCGUCUGGAAAUUUGACCUCGGCUGGGGAUGCGGUUAUCGCAAUUGCCUCAUGGCUCUUACGUCCCUCCUGUCUGUCCCAGGAUAUGCCGCUGUUUUUGAUAGCGCAAAGAAUGGGGCAGACCCGGGUGUACGGAGGAUUCAGGGCUGGAUAGAAGAAGCUUGGGCAGAGGGGUAUGACCUGGAGGGACAGCAGCAGUUGGGCGGACGAGUGCUUGGUCGGAGGAAGUGGAUUGGACCGUCGGAUAUGUAUGCCAUGUUGAGCUACAAGGGGAUUCCUUGCCGGAUCUACGACUUUCCAAAGGCACUAAAUCUGAAGACAGAUCGGGAGGCUCAUACCAGACUGCAGCAGUGGGUGAAAAGCUACUUUGUAAGAACACAAGCUCGGCAAGCAGGCCGUAAUGCUUUCGAUACCCUCAUGAGAUCUGGCGAGAACGGCCAAGGUCGAGGAGAGCUCGUCAGAAUAUCGGACAAGUUUCCACUGAUACUCCAGCACUCUGGCCAUUCGAGAACCAUAGUGGGAUACGAGGAGAAUGCGCGAGGCGAUAUCAACUUGCUACUCUUCGACCCUGGCAAAACCGUCCCCAAAGCCAUCCGAUCCCACGCCCUCUCCAACCUUCCCGAACCCACCUCCUUCCCCAUUCCCCCAAGACCCCCUCCAAAUCCCACCGCCCCAGCCAACCCCACUACCUCCGCCGAGCGCAUCCGCCACAGAUCCUCCUCCUCCUCCCACUCGAAAUUCGAACGUACCCACGAAUCGCGCGACUUUUCGCCGCCUUACACUGAUGGUUUUGCUGGGAUUGAUUAUAGUACGGCGAGGGAAGGAUCUCAUGAUGGUAGUCAGGUGGAAGGAAGUGCGCCGCUGAGAGGCGGUUCGACGACAGAACCUGCUUUGGAGGAUGACGAAGAACGGACGCCCUCGGGCUGGGUCCGCAAGAAACGUCCCUUUCCCCAUCUAUCCAAAUCUCACAAACCUCCCAAAUCAUCUAAACCUGGCUCGGACCCGACAGCGCCGGGCCAGUCGGUAAAGACGUUGAACCAUUUCAGGGUAAAUUUGGGGACAUUGUCGAGGCAUGCGCAGUAUCAGGUUUUGAUGUUUACUGGGGAGGAGGUUCUGGGGGAGGUGGAGAGGGGGCAGAGGAAGAAAAUCAGGAGUGUUUUGGUGAGAUAG